CCACCUCGUCUCUUCCACAUUCCAUUAUCUGCUUUACUCUCUCUCUAGAGCAGCAAUGGCUACGGCUGCUUCUUCCCUUACGAUCGCGUCGUCGUUCUCGGAACCACGGACUCAGAUCCGUUCAUCGAAACGCUCGAACCUUCCAGUACUCCAAUUCUCCAUCCCGUAUAAGGCUAAUUCACGGAGCAGGAGACUCGUCGUACGCUCCGUUUCAGCGCCCAACGUUGAGAUCCGUACCGGACCCGAUGAUCUCAUUUCAUCCCUCCUCUCUAAGGUUGCGAACAGCGAUGGAGGUGUGACGCUUAGCCCUGAGCAACACAAAGAGGUGGCAAAAGUGGCUGGAGAGCUUCAAAAGUACUGUGUGAGCGAGCCUGUUAAGUGCCCUCUCAUCUUCGGAGAUUGGGACGUGGUGUACUGUUCUGUACCGACAUCUCCUGGUGGAGGCUACAGAAGCGUGAUAGGGCGUCUCUUCUUCAGAACUAAUGAGAUGAUCCAAGGCAUUGAUUCUCCUGAUAUAGUGAGGAACCGAGUUUCCUUUACUGCGUUGGGUUUUCUUGACGGAGACGUCUCCUUGACAGGGAAGCUGAAAGUGUUGGACAGUGAGUGGGUUCAGGUGAUAUUCGAGCCUCCGGAACUCAAGGUUGGUUCUCUGGAGUUUAAAUAUGGGUUUGAAAGCGAAGUGAAGCUUAGGAUCACAUACGUUGAUGAGAAACUUAGGUUGGGAUUAGGGUCUAGAGGAUCGUUGUUCGUCUUCAGGAGGCGUCAGUAAUACAUUUAUAUACUUCCAUGUCUCUUCUCUCCCUCGUCCAACAGAACAGAAGAAACAACAUAUGAGAGUACCGCGAGAGUGUGUAAUGGUGUAAAAAAUCACAAAAUGUGUGUUUAAGAUGGAACUUUGUUGUAAUGUAAACUUCGUUCCGAGGGUGUAUCACUUACGAUGAGUUGUUAGCUAUAUAUGUUAUGAAGUUGUGUUCAAAUCUC